AUGUUGCUUAUCGUAGUGGUUGCUGGAUAUCACGUGAUCGUGUUCUUUGCUUAUCAGUUCGGUAGAUUGAUAAAGUUCUUGCUUAGGUGGUACAACAGAAGCAGGUCGGACGCGGGCGCGCUCAACUCGAUGCUAAACUCGAAAAGCCAUGUCAUGUUUCGUCGGUUCAUGAACGAGAAGGAUGACAUCGAAUACGAACUGGACGAUGAACCGGAACUAUCGAGUCCGAGUGCGGCGUCAGAAGCUGCUGGACCUUCGGCAAGCCCUCCUCGAGUCUUUGCUCACGGUGACGAGACGUACCUUGAGAUAUCCUCGCCCCCCACCAGACUAUUUACGGUGCUUGGGGAAAAAAGAGGAUCGACAUACACGUACGUUACUGAAAUCAGAAAGGCCAGUGAAAAAGAAAAAGUUGACUCACAAAAGAACCAAAAAUAUCAGGACGCCAAACACAAAACUGGCGCCCAAACCAGAGCCAACUCUGAAACAAAUGCGAAGGGCGAUCGAAGAUUUAAGGCAGAUAAGAAGGGUCCCGUAGAAGCCAAGGUUAAAUUUGAGCUCGAGGAAGAGGUUAUAAAAGAUAAGCCAAGUGGCACAAAACGAAGAUUGUUGCCGUUAAAAAGUGUUGUAAAGCGUAUUAAUGAUUUGAAAAAAAGCCAAACAAAGGAACCACAAGAAAGUCGUAGGAAUCAAUAUCGAUAUUGGCGGAUACAACAAUCUUCUUCCUCUGAGACUCCUCCUAUAGUAAAAGGAAAGUUUGGCCCAAACACAAAACGAAAAGGUAAACGAGUUGCGGAUUUGAAAACCAGCGAAAGAAAUGUUGGUAGUCCAGUUGACGAAGAAAUACAGGAAUUAAUAGAACUUCAAACUCUUUCGCCGCAACCAGUCCUCAGGACUCGCCCUAGCCUACAUCGCCAGCAAUCUAUUUAUAAAUCACCUACACCAACUGCAUUAAGAGCAUCAUCAUCUGCUGAUAGUGCCAAAAAAAGUCCUGAUUUGAAAAAGUAUGAAAAUGUUGUAGAAAAACCCCAGAAAGAUCCAGAUGAAAACAGUGUUUCGCCACAACAUAAAAGAUCUUUGCUGCAUCGCCAAUCAACAGCGUCUACCGAAUUCGUAACAAACAUCUACGAACAAUAUCAUUAUUACAAACAAGAAAACAGUCGUCUAUUUACAACUGCUAAUAUGAACCCUCUUGAAGAUAACGAAAGGAAAAUUAUAAUUGAAUUUUGUCAUCUUCUUGAGAAGUCCAAGCAGUUGUUUAAUGGACUUCGAGAGUUACCGCAAUAUGGACACAAGCAGUGGUCUUUGUAUUUUGGACGCACUUUUGACAUAUACACCCGCCUAUGGAAGUAUCAACAAACUCAUCGCACUAUCUUGGAUACUAAAUACGGAAUGAAGCGAUGGCAAAUAGGCGAAAUUGCUUCAAAAAUUGGCCAACUUUACUACCAUUUCUAUUUAAGAACUAGUGAAACUGCUUACUUGAACGAAGCUUUUUCAUUCUAUUACGCUAUUAGAGGAAGAUGCUACUACACAAAAGCAAAUAAGGAAGAUAAAUGCGAGUUGAUGGUGAAGAAGCUCAGAUACUAUGCUAGAUUCAUAGUAGUCUGCCUUUUAUUAAAUAAAAUGAAACUAGUUAAGGAGCUAAUUAAAGAACUCGAAAGACAGAUCAUUGAGUAUGGGAAUACUUAUGACCCAGAUGACCAGGUGGAAUGGACUGUGGUCGUCGAUGAGGUCAAAGCCUUCAUUCACGCAGAGCCUAUUGUAUCGGUUGUCAACACCGAUAACCAAACGAUGAUUCUAUCACACAGAUUAUCACCUAUGGUGACGCCUCCAGUGGAAAGAUCACCGCAGAUGAACCUUUCUCUCCAAGAGAUACUGAUAGUGGGCAGCAGUUCUCAGCAAGUGAAGUUCUCAGAGCUGACGAUGGACAUGUUCCGGAUGCUGCAGACCUUGGAGAGAGAGCCGUCUGGCGACAUUCAGCACAUCUUCGACGAGUCUCCACGGCAGAGAUUUAUGUCGACGCCCAGCGCUCCUUGCCAAGAAGGAGUGGAACCCGGGCAGAAGGCCUCCAACCCGCACAAGUACCUGCUCUUCAAGCCUUCGCCCUGCCAGAUGCUGGUCUACCUAUCCAGUGCCUGCAACGACCUGCCUCCCAACGGCGCCUUGCUGCUCUACAUAUCUGCUGACGGCUUCGUCACGCAGAACAACAAGCACACCGACGAGGGGACGUGGGGUUACGACUUAGGGGGUCUGAUCACGACCUCCAAGAACGACAUCUUCAGAGAAUGCAGCAAGGACCCCAAGGCGUCUACCUCCACCAAGUUCAAGGAGCUCCAGUGCUUCUACCCUGGAGACCUGUACCCGUACACCAGGCGGCCGCUCUUCGUCGUCGUCGACUCCGACAACUCCUACGCCUUCCAGAACAUGCCAAGGCACUUCGGCCAGCCCCUGGUAAUACUGAUGUCUCCACUGGACUUGCCGCCUUCCUUCCACGACCCUCGGAGGCAAGGCAGUCUCUUCACUCUCUUCCUGCACUCACCGCUGGAAGGUCUCUGCCACUGCUGCGACCUGAGCAGCGUCACCGUAGCUCUCUGGGAUAGAGCCCAGAUGCUUCUGGACACCUUCAUGGCAGAAGCUUCUAGCAUACUCGUCAGGAGUAGAAUCGACCCAACAUUCCUGUCGUUCUUGGGCGAUGACUUCUUGCGCCUGCUACUCCUACGAUUCGUGUUCUGCGAAGCCGUGCUGCGCAUGCACCGGCUGUUCCGAGGCCGGACCCAUCGGCCUCGGUGCUCUCCUCCCAUGCCCGAAGAUCUGUUUGACCAUCCAACACUAGUCCAUAUUAUCUUGGACAUCGCUAACGUAUUACAGAUCCGAAAUCACAUUCAGGAUCCGUCAGCGACGACCGCUGUAGCUGGUCCCAAUUAAAACUCUUCCUCUAAAUGCCGUCAGUGUCAAAUGCCAAAUGUCCUGACGAAGGCACAAAGUGGAACAAUUAGUGUCAAAUGCCGUCAGUGUCAAAUGCCAAAUGUCCUGACGAAGGCACAAAGUGGAACAAUUAGUGUCAAAUGCCGUCAGUGUCAAAUGCCAAAUGACCUGACGAAGAGAAAGUGGUAGUGAAGCAAUUAGUGUCCAAACAAAUUGCGCGAAAACAAAAACUAAAAUUCUUCUAUAAACCAAAAACAUUAAAUACACCAAAACACAAUUAAAUACAUAAAAACACUAAAAAUAUUAUAUUGCGGAAAACUGUGUACUUUUCAAGAAGUGACAAAAACACUUACUAAUAUUUGUUUUGUUUUAUAGGUUAAAAAAGUCGCAACAAGCAUCAAAAUCAAAAUUGCAAAAGGAAACGGAAAAGUUGCUCAUGUGUAAAAUAAUAACACAAGGAAGGCAAGGAAACCUGGAAACAAUGGGAGACUCAAGAUGUGAAAAAGACACUUAGUGCUUAAAAUUUUUAGCGGGUGUCUGAAAAAGUUGCAGGUAUUCAAGACGAAAGAAGAAGAUCCAAAUUCACGACACGUGCUAAAAAUUUUGAUUAAAUUUAACUUAGGUACUACGAA